AUGGUUAAAACAUAUCCAGAACAUGUACUCAAUCCUGGUGAACUACCCAAUACUACUGAUGUUCCACCAUUCGAUGAGGUACCCCCAAAACAAUUACCAAAACCUUUGUCUGACUUCAAGCAAUAUGUUGACUCAAAAUUCUGCUAUUUUUCCAAACCCAUGGAUCAAGCUGAAUUGAUAAGCACUGAGCCAAAGAUUGCCUAUCAAUGUCGAAUGAAAAUACUCAUGGAAAAAAGAUCACUGCACACAGAUGUCGCACCUCAUCCAUGGCAUACCGCAACAGUCUUAGGCAGCUCUAGUUUAGGUCGAUUCUUCGAAAGCACUGAACGUAGCGGUGAAGCCAUUGGAAACAUUUGGUCAGAUUAUCAAGUCGACAUACCAGAUGGUGAAAAGUUUCAUAGAACUUUAGCUUUGACUGAUAGCAUUUAUUACACAAGAUGUUGGAAUUGCCGAGCAAAAAGAUAUGUUUCUUGUACACAUUGUACCAAAGGUCUAACCUACGAUAAACAAGUUUGCUAUAAUUGCAAAGGUGCUGGUGAAGUAAUCUGCAAAAAGUGUAAGGGUCUGGGUGGAUUUCGUCACACACCCAAAUUAACUGUUAAAUGGUCUACUCGUUCUUCUACAUUUUUUUAUCAAAACUCAUUUCUACAUAAGAAAAGAAUUCGUAAGGGACAACGAACUGCCUUCUGGUCGACACGACGAGUGCCAUGGUCGAAAUCAUCAUCAAUAGAAGAUUGUGUUCAGUCGAUAAAUGAAGAAGUUCCUGAUAUUCCAUUACAGACAUAUAUCGUUAGGGAUUACACCGAAAAACAUCUAAAUCCUAUGAGAAAUAAGAACAAUGCAAUGCGACGUUUCGAAUGUUUUAUAGAACGAAUGGGUUUCGAAGAAGUUCAUUAUACAAUGGGAGAGAACUACUCAAAUAAACGAGAUUCUAAAUUAGAACACACAUUUCGAUUCUGUCAAUAUCCUGGGCCUAAAGGUCAAAAUUCAAUCUAUGAAGACGACUAUCCAUUGAAUUGUUGUGGUUGUUUUGGAGAAAAAAUGGCAUGCUAUUCAUCAUGUUGUACUAUUCUGUGA